AUGCGGAGAUACAGUUCAUCCGAAGAGGAGCACGAUAGACGGCGUUCGGCUGCCAUCGCUUAUGACGAAAUUCGAGAAGCCCCCAACGAGGAAACCAGUCUUUUGCCUAAGAAACAAAAUGACGGGGAUCAAUCAAGCAGCCAGGAAGAAGGGGAAGUCCUUGAUAUCUUGCCAGAGGAUGAGACUCCUACUCGACAGCUCGUGCUUCAUGAAUUUUGGGUACUCUUCCGCGGAUCUAUCCCAGUGAUUUUGGCCUACACAUUGCAGAACUCUCUCCAAACGAUCUCCAUUUUGAUCGUUGGCCGGGCUUCACCCCAGGACCUCUCCACGGCGGCAUUUUCAUACAUGUUCGCCAUGUGUUCAGGCUGGCUGAUUGGAAUGGGCGGAUCGACCGCCUUGGAUACUCUCGCCUCGUCGACAUUUACGGGAAGCAAGAACAAACAUGACUUGGGCAUUUUGCUUCAGCGGGCUUUCGUUGUCUUGACCAUGUUCUAUGUCCCGGUUGCGAUUCUCUGGUUGUGCUCGGAACCCGUGUUCAAAGCACUCGGUCAGAGCCCUCAACUAUCACGAGACAGUGCCAAGUUCUUGAGUUGUCUAAUCCCCGGCGGACUUGGAUAUAUCUACUUCGAGACGAUGAAGAAAUACCUUCAGGCGCAGGAGAUCAUGCGACCGGGAACCUAUGUCCUGUUGAUCACUUCACCAAUCAGCGCACUGUUGAACUAUCUGUUCGUCUAUGUCGCCGGUUGGGGCAUAUUUGCCGCUCCUUUCGCCACUGGCAUUGGUUAUUGGUUGUCCUUCCUGGGCCUCGUCCUCUAUGCGAGAUUCGUGGCAGGCGGCGAAUGCUGGGGUGGCUGGACCAAGAGAUGUCUCCAGAAUAUGGGAAUCUUUGCCAAGCUUGCGAUUCUAGGAGUCAUCCACGUCGGCACGGAAUGGUGGGCAUUUGAAAUUGUCGCCUUGGCCGCUGGCAGACUCGGAGAGAUUCCCCUGGCAUCUCAAAGUGUGAUCAUGACGGCCGACCAAGUCAUGAAUACCAUCCCCUUUGGCAUUGGAGUGGCUGCCAGUGCGCGUGUUGGUAAUAUGCUGGGAUCACGAAAGGCAAGAGGAGCAGCACGAUCGGCAAAUGUCGCCGCCUGGCUGAGCAUGAUCAUGGGUGCCGUUGUGUUGGCAAUCCUGAUGGGCACCAGGAAUGAUUUUGCAAAGAUCUUCAACGACGAUUCCCGGGUUGUUAAGCUUACGGCCAAAGUCCUGCCGUACGUGGCUUUGUUUCAGAUUGCGGACGGUUUGAAUGGCAGUUGUGGAGGAUCAUUGCGAGGGAUGGGCAGACAGCAUAUUGGAGCGGCAGUCAACAUAAUCAGCUACUACUGUGGUGCUCUGCCGUUGGGUAUCUGGCUGGCUUUCCAUGGCUGGGGUCUUCCAGGUCUCUGGGUGGGUCAAUGCAUCGCAUUGUACCUGGUCGGGGCUGCUGAAUGGGUCAUUGUCGCCUUCAGCAACUGGGAGUAUCAGGUCCAGAAGGCCUUUGAGCGCAUGGACAAAGACGAGCUGGUGGAGAACGGGCAUGCUGAAGCCUCAUCAUCUGGACCGGCUCCUGCGGGCAAUGAACCUCAGUAG